GCACGAGUAAAGUUUGAUUCGGAAGAUCAUCUCAAGUUUAUCGUCUUGUAGUUCGAGUAACUGUUAAAACCACAGUGUCGGAUAAUGAGUUCGCCGUGAUUGUGAGGCGUCUUGGUGCCCGUUAAACAGGCACAAACUCCGACAAAUCCCUACAAUGAAACAGGACUAGUUGUCCUGAACUUCUAACAUGGGUCCGCCAAUCAGCACGUGGCCUUACAGCCAACCAAUAGUAGUGAAGUGCGGUGACAGUGUCAGUGGUGCCAACAUUCACAAAAAGUGUUUGCUUGUCCAAUGCGUUGAUAACUUCAGACUAGUAUGUUUAAAUUUUACAUUCGCUGUUUUAGUUUUCCAAGUGUUGUUAAUUUUUAAUUAUGUGACCGCGGGUCCUGUUAUAUUAAAUAUGGACUAUAUGCAAGGUCCAGUUCCAAUAGCUAGAAACAUAAGACAUUUGCCCUGUAUAUCGAGAAGAACGGGUCAAGAAGGCCUCUGUAUGUUUGCCAUAGAUUGCCUGAAAGCCAACGGGUCCCACCUAGGGACUUGUAUAGACAGGUUUUACUUCGGUUCUUGCUGCCAAAUCCCGGACAAGACCAUCCUCCCUCAAAUAAUAGGGAAUAACGUAGAAGAUAAUACAAUAGACAGCGGCAGUUUCGUCCACCCACAAACAGAGGACAAAGUUCAAACUACAGUAACUAAAAUACCUGAUAUUUUUCCAACAAGGAAAGUUACAACUGAAAGAAAUAAUGAAAAAACAACCGUAGCUGAUAAGGUCCAAGAUAGAACUGAAAGUGAUGAUGUAAACACUACGAUAGAUGAUAAAGAUGAUGUGAAAUUAACUACAGGAGCAAUUAUAGAGACGACUACUAAAGCUCAAGUUACUAAACCACAAUUGAGUACGGAAGUGCCUUUGAAGUUGUCUACUUUCCAGUCCGUGUCUGGCGGUGUCAGUAAUUCUGUCACUGAAGAAACUAAGACAACAGAAUCCCAGAAAGUCACUUCUUCUACGACGACGGUUAGACCAACUAGACGGCCAACCAAACCUACUUACAAACCCUUCAGACCAACAAAUUUUACAAGACCCCAAUACAUAUCUACAACUCCGAAACCUAGACCUACGAAACCAGUAUUAGUAUUCAAUAUAACUAGAAAACCACCUUACAGGCCUCCACCAAAACGGCCUACUACUAAAAAGCCUCUGCCAUCACCACCUAGAUUAAAUAUAACAAUAUUACCACAAUCUACCAGUUCUAGACCUAUUUUCACUAGACCUUCAGUCGCAUCUAUAACGUAUAUAAACACAACAUUAACUGAAGAUACAACCACUAGUUCUACAACAACUCCUAGUACUACAAUUCCAACAACACUUUCCACAGAAAAGAUAACUGAGCCUUCAACAACUACUACUACUUUAACUACAACAACAACCACUACCCCUAGUACUACAACUACUUCAACGACAACAACAACAACAAAUACAACAACAACUGAAAAAACAGUACCAACUGAAGUGGUUACAGAAAUAAUUGAAAGAAUUACAACUGAAUUUUCAUCUGAAGCGACCAAAUUGACCACUGCGCAAGAAGUAACUGAAAAAGCGACGACUCUUGCAAUAGUUACUGAAAAAGCGACUUUAAGACCUGCAACUGAAGCGGAUUCUUCAACAUCACCGAGUUUAUCAUCGUCAUCAUCACCUUCCUCUCCAACAACUCUAUCUUCAAGUACUGUGGUAUCAACUGAGUACCCUCCUUUGGUGACGUGGUCAACCAUAGACGGCGCGACCAAGGCACCGGAGAAUGCCAGUACUUCUUCUGAUGAAAUCUGGUCACCUAUAACACCGCCUGAAGGAUGGGUGUUAAUUUCAACGAUUCCACCAAAACUAGAAUCAACUUCUCAAUCUACAACAUCACCAACAACAACAACAACAACUACAACAACUCCUACAACAACACCUACGACAACUACUACAACAACAACAGAAGCUCCAACGACAACAGCUGAAGUUAUACCAACAAAAGCUGAAACUGUACCCACAUUUGCUGAAACUAUUACAACAGUCGGCGAAACUGUUGCAACAACGCAAGAAAGCGAACUAACAACUGUUCCUGUAUCACCAGAAACAACAACAACUGAGAAAACAACAUCCAAAUCAACAACGACAGAAAAAACGGAAACAACACAAGCGAUGAUCGAGUUUACGGUGAACGUUACUCUUUCACCAACAGCGCCAACACUGACUUCAACAAUGGCAACAACAAAUGCAACAGAAGAACAGAAUACAACAACUGAUGUUACAACAGUUGUUGCGGAGACUUCUACUCUUGAUCCUAUGGAUUCUGAAAUAUUCUCCAAUGAAACAUCCGCUGCUAAUUAUGGAAAGGACGAUUAUAAGAAAGUGUGUGGCCGAAGGUUCUGGCUGGGGGCCCGCAUCGUGGGCGGCAGCAAGUCAGGGUUCGGUCAGUGGCCCUGGCAGAUCUCCCUGAGGCAGUACAGGACUUCCACCUACCUUCACAAGUGUGGUGCCGCCUUGUUGAAUGAAAACUGGGCUAUUACAGCCGCGCAUUGUGUUGAACACGUUCCACCUUCAGAGCUGCUGGUUCGACUGGGGGAACACGACUUGGCCAAUGAGGACGAGCCUUACGGCUACGCCGAGAGAAGGGUUCAGAUCAUAGCCAGCCAUCCCCACUUCGACCCGGCCACUUUCGAGUACGACCUGGCAUUGUUAAGAUUCUACGAGCCUGUGAAAUUCCAACCCAAUAUCAUCCCGAUUUGCAUUCCUGACGACGACGACUACUACGUCGGGAAGACUGCUUACGUCACGGGCUGGGGGCGACUCUAUGACGAGGGCCCGUUGCCCAGCGUAUUGCAAGAAGUCCAAGUACCAGUCAUCAACAAUAGCGACUGCGAAGCCAUGUACCAGGCGGCGGGGUAUAAUGAACAUAUACCGAACAUCUUUAUCUGCGCUGGACGGCAGAAAGGUGGCGCUGACAGCUGCGAAGGUGACAGCGGCGGCCCAAUGGUAAUCCAACGUUCGCGCGACAACCGCUUCGUCUUGUCCGGGGUCAUUUCCUGGGGCAUCGGGUGUGCGGAGCCGAACCAGCCCGGAGUGUACACGAGAAUAUCGGAAUUCAAGGACUGGAUCAAUCAGAUACUCAUGUUUUAGUGAAUGAACCUAAUGAAGAAUGCUUUAGGAUAUUAGGUCCGCCAUUUUGUGUAAUAAAGUUUAAAUAUAGUACCAUCUUUAAAGAUGGCGGACGGAAAUAAUAAUUGUGGAAUUGUUGUGAUCAAAUGGAUUAUUCACGAAAUAUAUUUUAUCUGCGCUCUCUUACAACUUUUGGUUUAAUUGUAGUGGUAGAAAGAGUGAGAGAGAGAAGAUAAAACACUUAUUGCCUUUCAAUUUUCGUGAAUAAAGGGGUGAAUUAUUCACGAACAUUUAACGAACGUUGACACAAAGCGUUGAUACGCAUGUGUCAUAACUUCCCUUCAUCUUACUCUGAGGUUUACCAUAUAGUAAGAAAGAGCGGGAAGAUGUGACAUAUGCCUUAUGAGCGCUGUUAUCAUCGCUGAAAAAUCUCAGAAUUAAAAAAAAAUUGACAAUACUAUUCAGAUUUUUAUGGCAAUGAAUAAAGAAUGGAAAUGCCUAUAUGGUUGAUAAUUCUAACAUUUACCCGCGGUUUUGUUUAAGUUUAUUCUCAUAGAUGCUCUUUGAGUGCAAUUACCGGGGUGAACAAGAUUUAGGUAAAGUAUAGAAAAUGUUUCAAUAAUUUAUACCUACAUUCUAACAAAAUGAACAACGAUUUUUUUUUGUGAUUUCCAAAUCUAUGCAAAUUAAGUUAAAUUUGUUAAUUGUUAUGAAGUAAGAGUUAUUUGUAAUUUAUACGAAUUUAUAAAGUUUUAAGUGAAAGUGAAUAAAACUUUUGCAUUUAUUUUUUAAUUGUAAAAAAAAAUUAUAAGCCUUUCUUUAAUAA